GUGUCCCAUCUGCUUGUCUCAGGUUAUCCUGUGCUUGUCUACGCAAUGACAAUUAAGCCAACAUCCAAAAGUGAAGCCGUUACGGGUACGAAGCGCAAGCUGAGUACUGCUAGCGCGAGUGCUUCCACAGUAGAGCAAGAGGCUAAGAAGACGAAGGUCGCUACCGAAGAAGAUCUCUCGGGACCAGAUCCUGAAACGACAUCUGGGAAACGCGAGGACGAGACGAAGUCAGAAGAUCUUCCCCGAGAUGGCCAUUCUGACAAGGUCGAUGACGAACACAAGGAUGACAACAAAAAACCAGAAGCCGCUCAUGGUGCAGAGGAAGAGGACUGGAGCAGCUUCGCGCAGCUCAACAAAAGAUUAGAAGGACACGGUCCUUUCAAGUUCUUGGUGUCAGGCGAAAGUCUUGCUGAGCUGGAAGGCGGCGCGGGAGUCAUCGUUUCUUUCCUGCUCACAGAGGAUGUGCACCACAUUUACGCCAGAUUGGAACCCCUUGCCCCAGAAGAACGGGUCGAGGCUUGCGAUAUUUGCAGUAUCCCCGUCUGUGUUGAGGAAGACGACGAUUUAGAAACCGAAGAGGCUGAAAAACUGAAAGAGGCGUGGGGAGAAAUCGAUUCAGAUGGAGGUUGGGUUGAGGUGACGCUGCAAAAGAAGAAGCCGGAAGAAGGAGAGCCCGCUCUGAAGGUUUCUUUCGACCACGAAGAUGUGGAAGCAAGGAAAUGGUGGAUGUCGGCUGUCGCUGCUCCUAAUGAGGAGACGGCAAAGGCUAUUGAGCUGGUGGGGGAGCAUAUUUCCUACGGCCUUGAUGGAUUUUAGCGUAAGGCAAUCAGUGGUUUGACUUUAUGAAAGACUGACGACAUGUACGAAGAUGUUUUGCAGGAUACCCUAAGGAUCGGAAUCUUGUUUAUUUAUAGCAUAUGUUCUGUGGAGUUUUGGAUUCAAUGUUGGGAGAUAGUUAUGGCCAAUUGUCAUAACAGACAUACCUCUGAUUGCAUAUGUGAUUACUGCCACUGCGUGAAAUGUCGAAUUAUGGAAGUUCGGCAUUUGCCCAGCAUCCGCAGAUGCUCACCAGAUGACGUCCGUAUGCCCAGCAAAGUCCUUUGAAUUCAGCACACGUUAGGAAUGGUCGUAUUCCUAGCUAUAUGAUGUGUAAAUGACAGC